GCGCGAGAAUCGGCGGGAUGGACAAAAAUCAUAACGCCAAACAGAAGUACAGACAAGUAAGCUAGAAACAGUCCGGACAGCGAGGAAUGGAAGUAAUGUGUUAGUCUCUUCUACUUAAUACCGGCUUUUUAUUUUGUGAUAUUGCCUUUUCGGAAACAAGUACCAGAGGAGGACAUAGUGACGCGUUGCUUUGGAAAGAUGUUAUCGACAAUGAACAAGGCUUUUACGGAGAGAGCGUAAUGUUAUGGACUGUAAGUUACAUUAAGUUAGAUCACUGGCUAGCCGAAUAGAGCUAGCUAGAUGCCCCCGCGUCUCAGAGGAAACCAGCGAUGACUGACAGCGAUUUCUAUGGAUAAACAUCUAUUAAUGUGGGAUUUUAUAAAGCUGCCAAACACAGGUUCGUCUUUCAAAAGGUUCAAUCAUCCUACCGACUGUCAUGGACAACGUGAAACCACGCAGCAAUGAUGAGGAUGAAGAGCUACACUCCACAGACCCAGAGAGUAAAGAGAAGAGCAAAGAUAAAAAGACCCUGUGCAAAGUAAAGUGGUCCCGAGAUGAGGACGAAAAGCUGAAAAAACUUGUAGAGCAGCAUGGAACUGACUCCUGGAAAUUAAUAUCUAACUUUUUUCCAGGGAGGACAGAUGGCCAGUGUCAGCACCGCUGGCAGAAGGUACUCAACCCAGAGCUGGUGAAAGGACCCUGGACAAAAGAGGAGGAUCAAAAGGUUAUUGACCUGGUACAUAAGUAUGGCCCCAAGCGUUGGUCGGUGAUUGCCAAGCACCUCCAGGGGAGGAUUGGGAAGCAGUGCCGUGAACGGUGGCACAACCACCUUAACCCAGAGGUGAAGAAGUCUUCAUGGACUCAGGAGGAGGACCGAAUCAUCUAUGAGGCCCACAAACGACUUGGCAACCGCUGGGCAGAGAUCUCCAAGCUUCUUCCUGGACGGACAGACAACUCCAUCAAGAACCACUGGAACUCUACUAUGAGGAGGAAGGUGGAGCAUGAGGGGUACCUGCAAGAUGGCUGCAAGAGUUUCACUUCUUCUCAUGCUGGAGUGAAGAGACGCCACCACAGACCAUGUCCUCCAACUCCAACAGAGCCCCAGCACUGUGAUCGCAGUCCCCUGCCUAUAUCGGGACCCAACCAGAUGGGAGGAUAUCCUUAUGAUCCUCACAGUGGACACUUGAUGGACAGCCUUCCUGAUAAUUCAGGCUUCAUACUGCCAUCCUGCCUGGAUGAUCCUGACAGAGAGCAAAGAAUUAAGGAGCUUGAGCUGCUGCUUAUGUCAGCAGAGAAUGAAGUCCAACGACAAGUGCAGUGCAGAGGUCCAUGUAAUUUGGAGCAGUACUCAGGCUGGUCCGACAGUGUGUCAGAUGACACAUUGACUACAAGUAGCAGCAGCCUAGAGGAGCAGGCAGAGAGGAGGCCCUGGAGGGGCCCUGAGAUCACCCAGGGACCUCCACCACAGCUUCCUGUCUCCCCCAGUAAGUUCCUGGCUGUAGAGGCCAGCACUGUGCUCUCUACCCUGCAGACCAUACCGGAGUUUGCAGAGACCAUGGACCUCAUUGACUCAAUGUGUUUUGCUCUGCAGGACCCUGUUGCAUGGAGCAACGUGGCCAGUUUCGACUUGUCAGAGACAGCAACACCGCCCAGGCACAACCAGGCAGGCUACACCACUCUCCUGCAAGAGAGGACGAUUGACAAUUCAAUGGGCUACACAGUCAGCACUCCGACUGCCAUCUCUGGCUGUGAUAAAAGCUGUGCUUCAUUUGAUGUGGGCAGUAUCACCUCCCUGACUCCUGUCAACUCAUCCAAACCCACCCAGGCAUCCACUGGGAGGAGGAGGAGAAGAGAGAGGGGGGAACCAUCUCCUUUGUGCGACAGGACCUGCUCCUCCUUCAUGGAAGAUAUCUCAAAUUCUCCCAAGAAAACGCCCACAAAGUCACUGCCAUUCACCCCGUCACGAUUCUGCAACAUAUCAGGGGCAGAGCAUCUGAAUCUGGAUAACCCCGCCCUCACCUCAACUCCUGUGUGUGGCCAAAGGUGUCUCCUCAACACGCCACUCCAAAAAGAAACCACACCUAAGCACCAGAAAGAGAAUGAUGGUUUGCGGACCCCCAAGUUCCGUAAAACUGUCAUGAUUCAAACCCCGAGGACACCAACUCCCUUCAAAAAUGCUUUGGCUGCCCAGGAGAAAAUGCAUGGGCCACUAAAGAUGGAGCCACAGCCAUUGGCAUUUCUAGAAGAAGACAUUCGAGAAGUUCUGAAGCAGGAGACUGGAGCAGACAUUUUUAACAGAGCAGACGUCCAACCAGACUACAGAGCAUGGAAACAUAAUAUUGAUGGCCCAGCUAGAAAGGUGCGUAAGUCUCUUGUCCUGGACCCCUGGGGGAAAGACUGCCUAAACAUCCAACUCUUCCAUGAGCAUCUUAAUAACGCACAAGUGCCAGAUGAAAGUCUACUGAAGAACUCUUCACUGAUCACCCCAAUCCCUGAGCGAGAGGAGUGUCGCCGUUCUUUAACUUCUAGCCGAGAGGAGCCCUCAUUAGUCCCCAUUCAUCCUCAUCGCUUUACUAGCCCCCGGAUGAAGAAGCUUCUUGCCUCCCACAAAGCACCAAAACACACCACUGUACAGGUGAGUGAGUGGGAAGCAGUGGUUUAUGGGAAGACAGAGGACCAGCUGAUCAUGACAGAGCAGGCCCGUCAGUACCUGAACCCUUACCCUUCGUCUGGCUCUACCUCAAGGGCCCUUGUGCUUUAAAGCCGUCCCCUUGCUGCGCAGGCAACACUACUACACCCGUCCGACAACUAAAACCUCCACUGAAUCCUGUAAGAGACAAUCCAGUGAAGACAAAUGAUUUUAUUUUUCUUUUGAAGCAGAAAUGCACUGCCAAGGAUGUCCACAAAAAGGCAUGGUUGCUGGUAUUGUUUUCAACACAUUUCUAGGUCACUGCCCAUGUAGUUUCUUGUUUAUAGGUCUGGCCUGUAUUUUCCUUUGAAUACACACAACCUGGUAACAUAAACAGUUUUGUACAGAUAUGAAAUGGCUAGAAUUCUUUCUGCACUAGUCAGUAAUGUUGAAACAACCUGCACAUACAAUAGGCUGUAGGAAUAGUGUUUAUUACUAGCAGUGGCUGCUUCUGAGUUUUAUAUUGUUAAUAUAUUGUUUAAAUGACAAGAAAGACAUUUUAUAAUGUAACGCUACUCAUUGUGUAUCUCCUUAGCUUGUUUUGCUAAACUGCCCCAUUGCUGUUAUCCGAUAAAAACCACAUACAUGGAAACACCCAUGUAUUUUUAAAAUGGGUUUUUAACAAGACAUACAGUACAGAAUAUAGUGUUAACAAUUGCUUUGAAAUUAGAGAAACAAAAAAUGCAGUUACGUGUUUUUUUGUGACAGCAGCGUUACAUUGCUGAAUGCCUAUCCAUGGUGAUGUGAAGUUGGAAAUAAGAAGCUGUCAGUAUUGCACUACUGAGUUGAUUUUGCUGCUGAGAAAAAAGGAGCAGUGUUUUUAAGGGCAAACUGGAUAGCACUUGUGAUGGUAUCUUUUUUUAACAACACGUUUCCUUUCCAAGGCCAUAGUGUCUGUCGAGACAUCGGUUGAAUGUAUUUCAUUGCAAUGUACAUGUGUAAGAACCUCAAAAAUGGAAGGGUACCUUAAUGUUUGUUUGUGUUUGUUUUAUUUAUUAUCUGACAGCUCUAAAGCUUAGAUAUUAAUAUAAAUCGGACACCAUGAGUUUUUAAGAAGUUUAACUUUGCUGACAAAACAGCCUAGAAACCCUCACUUGCUCUAAGGCAGUUCUCUCUGUAAUAGAGGAUGAAUGGUCGCCAUUGCUUUGGUCAGUCGUUUCAGUGUGUCAUGGCUGAUACUGACCAGUUUUUAUAUCAUCAAUGUUCUACAACAAGCAUUUGGUCAAGAAGGAUUUACUUUUUAUGUGAAGGCUGUAGGUUUUAUUUAUUUAAUGUCUACUAAUUUAUUUAUUUCUAAAAAAAAAUUUAAGAACAAUUAUUGAAGAAUUUUAUUGUCUUUUCUCUUUCAAAAUCAAGAUUGGGCUACCAUUCAGUUUCAUUACUCCAAGUUAGAAGAACAUGAACUGCCACUAAUUUAAUAUGUUCAUUUCUUUUCCUGAUCAGGCAAGAUCUAGCAAAUAAUCAUUCUGUAGUCGUAUCUGGGAUCUUGUAACAUAUAGAUAGGUCAUUUUUUUCCUUUGAUUCAAAUGUGUUCUUCGUUAUUAGGUAGCCUCCAUCUCCGACCUCUAAUCAUAGACAAAUUGCACUUUUUACUCAUUUAAUUUUAAGUUGUCAUUCUGAUGAUGUAGCUCUUGUCCUUAUUUUUGUUUUUGUGUGUGUGUGUGUGUGUGUGUGUUAGAUGGUUGUCUCCCAUUUUGUAAUUAAUUCAACAUGAUUUCAACUCCUGCUCUGCUGCAGAAAUGUGUGCUUAAAUACACUACAUUUAAGCCUUACAUUCAACUUUUUUAGACUGAUGGCUCUGGGCAAAAACACAGUUAACAUAGACUGUCCUGUUACCCUCGAGCAAGACCCCAACCCCCUUCCCUCUCACUCAUUGUUUGAUACUCUGCGUAAGAACAAAAUGCUUAAAAUGUAAUGUAAAUAUGCACGAAUUUGGGUGUGAUUCUGAAGAAAUGUACUGCACUGUGCUUACAUAUUAACAGGCUGAUUCAUGUCAUUUUUAACCAUCCUGAAACAAAAAAAAACUAGUCUGGUGAAGUAACACUACAGCUAUAAAUGAUCUUCUUUGUAUUAUCGGCAUUAGUGGAUCCAGUAUUAGUUAUAAUCUGGAUUAUCCUGCAUUAAGCAUUUGAGUGAGAAUAAGAAGGGAAUCUUGUCAGGGAGAUCAAGUGGAAAGAUCAGGAGUAUUUAGUACACAACUCUAAAACAGAUAAGACAUUUGUAUAUGAAUCUGGUGGCUGAGAUUUGCCUAAUCUGUAUAUAAUUGUGUUAUAUGUUCUGUUUGUUGGUUUGACUUGUGUUUGUACAUUCCAUUUGUUAAGUCCAAGUUAAUAUGUUAACAACAUUUGGGCAUGUAACAUCAUAGGUUUUGAGGGAAUUAAGUACAUAUACAGGAUAGUAGCAGCUGUUAUAUACUACUGUAAUUAUGCAUGAGCAAUACACAAGAUGCUGGACUGCUUAAAUUGACGAGGUGAAUCACAGAUGUAACACUCGCUUUAUAUUUUGUAGCAUUUGAAAUCAUAAACAAGGUACCAUAGAAAUCCUGCCAACUGUCUUUGUAACCAUGUACUUAAUUUGGAAAAAUAAAUGCAUAUGUUGCAUGACA